AUGGCAACUGUUGUCCUCAACGAUGGUUCCCUCUGUCGGAAGCACUUCAACCAGCACCGUCGUGGGCUGGGCCCAGCGCUGCCAUUGUCUCCGGCACUGUGCCUUCAGUCUGAUGUCUUCCAGGAGGCUGCAGGCUCCUCGGACGUCCCUUCGCUGCCAUUGCCGCAGUCGCAGCUGCUGGCUUUCGCACAGUCCCACAUUUUCCCUGCUGGCAUGGAGGAAGGCAACAGAACUGGUGGUAGUGGCAGCGGCAGUCUGGGCACCAUCGAGGAGGAUGCAUUACAUCUCGAGCAAAGCUGCGAUGACUCCAAAAGCACAUUUGCACAUCUCCAGGACCUGAAGGAGCAGAAACACACGGGAAGUCAUGAUUUUCUGCAUUCUUGCAGUGAACGCCAUGAACGCCCAUACAGUUGUGAUGUCUGUCAGAAGAGGUUCACGAGAAGUGGCAACUUAAUGAAUCACUUGGCAGUGCACGUUGGUGAGCGUCCGUACAGCUGUGAUGUCUGCCACAAGACAUUCAAGCAAAAUGUGAGCCUGAUGCGACACCAGCAACUGCAUGCAAGGUGCCAGGGAGCAGUUAGCAAACCCCCUAGCAGCAGUAACUGUGGCAGCAGCAGCAACAGCAGCAGGUCCAGCAGCAGGGCUGCUAACACUGCCCUCACCUGGAAGGUCUACAGAUGCAGUUUCAAUGGCUGCCACAAAGCGUACGGCAAGAGUUCGCAUCUGAAGGCCCAUCUUCGGAUACACACAGGGGAACGACCAUUUUCGUGCACGUGGUCUGGUUGUGGCAGGAGGUUCACCCGCUCGGAUGAGCUGACGCGCCACUCUGUCACCCACACUGGCGAGAGGAACUUCUGCUGCCCAAUCUGUGACAAGAAGUUUGUGCGCAGUGACCACUUGAGCAAACAUGUCCGUAGGCAUCAAACUUACGACCCGUCAGAACUGCGAUGGCGACUACCACCUCAAAAGGCGUGCGCCAUCAAUUCCAGUGACAGUACACCAUCUGAGGUGCUGUUUGAUGGAGUGCCAUCACCCUAG